GAGGCACAGACAGUUAUAAAGCGGCUUGCAUCGGACUGGAGGAGAGAGAAGUCUCAGAAAAGCAGCAACAACAGUGGUUCUCUCUGAACUUCCUGCAGGGAAACAAGCGCAACAUGCCCGCUAUAGCAGCAGCUUCCACCGGAGCCGACUCCUCUGAUCUCCCGGUGGACUUACGCCAGUCCGGAAACCCGACACAUCAGAAGCGGACUGAGGUGUAUUAGAGAGUUGGCAAACUUAUUAUCUGGGGUAAAUGUGUAAUUCAGAAGAACGCGUUCCUGUGGAACGGACCACAGGCGGCAGCAGCACACCGGGCUCUGCUGACCACCAGAACUAGUACGAGAGUACGAGCUUUUUUCAUUUUAAAGGAUAUAUCACUUUUAAAUAGUUAAUGUGGUAAUUCAGGCUACAGCUCCCGAUGAUGAGUUAGUUUGGUUCUCAUCUCACUCCAAUUGGACUGAAUAUAUGGACGUGAAGAAGGCUCGGCAGCACGGAUCGAAUCAUUUUGGUUCUGAUGUUUCUCCCCCUGGUCUCCCUCAUGCUGCUUCUCCGGCUGACCUGGACUCUGACUGCCACCGCGGGCUGCUUCCUGCUUCUCCAUAACCACCUGCUGAGUGCUGGUCAUCUGGUGGCAGGAACCUGUGAGAUCGUAACUCUGGACCGAGACAGCAGCCAGCCCAGGACAACUAUCGCCCGCCAGACAGUCCGCUGUGCCUGCAGGAAAGGACAGAUUGCUGGAACAACACGAACCAAACCGGCCUGUGUUGAUGUUCAAAUCGUCAGGAGUGAACAGUGGUGCAAAAUGAUUCCAUGUUUGGAUGAUGAGGGUUGUAAUAUCCUGGUCAAUAAAUCGGGCUGGACCUGCACACAAACAGGAGGCCGAGUAAAAACUACCAUGGUUCCCUGACAGUGGCAAAGAGGACAACAGAGUAAUUCUUACUAUAGAUUAGCUGCCCUCUCCAUGAAAAGAAGCGGGUACCAGGUCAGGUUAAUUCCUGCAGACCAGUUGGGAGCCACCAUAUGGGGGAAUUUUUCUGCUACAUUUUCGGUCUGAAAACAGGAUUUGAUGUCUUUUGUUCUCAAAACUUUUAAUACUUUUGCUUAUGGUGGUUGGUGAGACAAACUUUUGUCUAAGAUCAGAAGGCUGUUUGUGAUCAGUAGCACACUGCUGGUAGAUGUUUAAUGUACUACAGAGUAGGAAGCUGAUGUCGUUGUUUCUCCCUACAUCCAGUUGGUGGCAUCAAUCGAUAAUAGCCACACAGGCACACCCGCUAGAAGGAAACAAACACACCCAGUACAACACUUUCAUUCUAUAGGCUGAGAGGUUGUCAGGCGACUGUGCCAAUAGGCGUUUCCAAAAGUGAGCAGAAUCCAAGCAGAGACUAAGUCUAAGUCCGAGGAGAAGUUUUGAGUACAAGCAUUACAAGUUUUGAGAAGAAAGACAUGAAGUCCUGCUUUCAAAAUAAAA